AUGAGCUCUCUUCGGUUCGCUCGGGCUGCCCUCCGGGCACGCCCUGCUGCCCUGCGUGUGCCUCUCCAGCGCAGAGGCUACGCUGACGCCGUUUCCGACAAGAUCAAGCUGUCCCUGUCCCUGCCUCACCAGGCCAUCUACAAGUCGACAGGCGUUGUUCAGGUCAACAUCCCUGCCGAGACCGGAGAGAUGGGUGUCCUCGCAAACCACGUCCCAUCCAUCGAGCAGCUGAAGCCCGGCGUUGUUGAGAUCAUCGAGGAAAACGGUGGCAGCAAGAAGUUCUUCCUUUCUGGAGGCUUUGCCGUUGUCCAGCCCAACUCUGAGCUCAGCAUCAACGCUGUUGAGGCCUUCCCUCUGGAGGACUUCUCCGCCGACGCCGUGAGGGCGCAGAUCGCCGAGGCUCAGAAGAUUGCCAACGGCAGCGGUAGCGAGCAGGACAUUGCUGAGGCCAAGAUCGAGCUUGAGGUGUUGGAGACUCUGCAGGCCGCUCUGAAAUAG